GACAGUACUGGCCAGUAACAAAGUUCUCACCAGUUCAUAGUGAAAUAAGAAAAAUAGGCAUAUGUAAUGAAUUAUGUGUAAAACUAAAUUUAUUCUUUAUUUAUUCAGAGUCAGGAUUAGAACUCAGGUUUGAUUUCCAUCCUGAAUUUUGAGAUGCUUUCCUGCUCUUUUGCUGCUAAAGUGUCUCAUUAUAAAAUGAGAGUUAUAGUAGGAGGCGGUUUUUAGGUUGGUCUUUGUGCUUUAUUAAUAACUUUACUAAAAACUCAGUGUGCAGAUCUCCUUUUUGAAAUGUUAUAAGCCUGUGAAACACAAAUGUCUGGGAACUGCCAGGCAAGGGGGACUAAGGUGCCACCUGCAGUCUCUUAUUUCCAUGCUCUGUCUCUCCUUCCCUGCCUUGUGGGCCUGCUGACAGCCGUGGUUGGGGCCGGAAUCGGGGGCUCUGCUGUGGCCCAUUUCCUGCAGCAGCACUUUGGGCCCCGAGUGCAGAUUGAUGUGUACGAGAAGGGGACCGUAGGCGGCCGCCUAGCCACGAUCUCCGUCAACAAGCAGCACUACGAGAGCGGGGCCGCCUCCUUCCACUCACUGAGCCUGCACAUGCAGGACUUCGUCAAGCUGUUGGGGCUGAGGCAUCGGCGCGAGGUGGUGGGCAGGAGCGCCAUCUUUGGCGGGGAGCAUUUCGUGCUGGAGGAGACUGACUGGUACCUGCUAAACCUCUUCCGCCUCUGGUGGCACUAUGGCAUCAGCUUCCUGAGGCUGCAGAUGUGGGUGGAGGAGGUCAUGGAGAAGUUCAUGAGGAUCUAUAAGUACCAGGCCCACGGUUACGCCUUCUCAGGCGUGGAGGAGCUGCUCUACUCUCUGGGGGAGUCUGCCUUCGUCAACAUGACCCAGCGCUCUGUGGCCGAGUCCCUGCUCCAGGUGGGCGUCACACAGCGCUUCAUCGACGACGUCAUCUCUGCCGUCCUGCGGGCCAGCUACGGCCAGUCAGCAGCAAUGCCUGCUUUUGCUGGAGCCAUGUCGCUAGCCGGGGCCCAAGGCAGCCUGUGGUCUGUGGAAGGAGGCAACAAGCUGGUUUGUUCCGGUUUGCUGAGGCUCACCAAAGCCAACGUGAUCCACGCCACCGUGACCUCUGUGACCCUGCAUAGCACAGAAGGGAAAGCCCUGUACCAGGUGGGGUAUGAGAAUGAGGCGGGCCACGGCUCUGACUUCUACGACAUAGUGGUCAUCGCUACCCCCCUGCACCUGGACAACAGCAGCAGCAACCUCACCUUCGAAGGCUUCAGCCCACCCAUUGAUAAUAUCCAGGGCUCUUUUCAGCCCACCAUUGUCUCCUUAGUCCACGGUUACCUCAACUCUUCCUACUUCGGCUUCCCCGACCCUAAACUUUUCCCUUUCGCCAGCAUCCUUACCACAGAUUUCCCCAGCUUUUUCUGUGCUCUGGACAACAUCUGUCCUGUCAACAUCUCAGCCAACUUCCGGCGGAAGCAGCCUCAGGAGGCAGCAGUCUGGAGAGUCCAGUCCCCCAAACCCCUCUUUCGGACCCAGUUAAAGACCCUCUUCCGUUCCUAUUACUCAGUACAGACCGCCGAGUGGCAGGCCCACCCCCUCUACGGCUCCCACAGCACCCUCCCGCGGUUCGCACUCCACGACCAGCUCUUCUACCUCAACGCCCUGGAGUGGGCAGCCAGCUCCGUGGAGAUGAUGGCCGUAGCUGCCAAGAACGUGGCCUUGCUGGCUUACAACCGCUGGUACCAGGACCUAGACAAGAUUGACCAAAAGGAUUUGAUGCACAAGGUGAAGACUGAACUGUGAGAGCUCCAAGGAGAGGCCGGGACUGUCCGUCCCCACUGAAGAUGGUUCCUACCCCACAGCCCAGAACUGGAAGAGGCUGCACUCGCCCACCUGCCUACCAUGCUUCUUUCUGACCCCUCAUGUGUCCAACGUCUUCCCCUCCAGUGUAGGGCCAGGUGGCCUGCUGUCUGGCUAUCUUAAGGAUCCUUACAGUGGUUGUUUCUUUCCCGUAAGGGGGAGAGUAGAGACGGGGAGAAAAUCCA